ACAGAGUUCUUAAAUCUCUGUUAUAACUUCCAUAAAAUUAAAACCAAUUUUGGGAAAGUUAAGAUUUGCGCGGGAAGCAGUUUCUAAAUUUUGUCCGGAGCCCACAUUGGAGCUCCAACUAAAUUCGGAUUGCGCUUUGCAGGGCCUAUUCGGGGGUGGCGCUCCCAACAAGAUUUUCUCCAUAUCCUCAGAAAGUCACUUUUCUUCAUAAUAUCAAUUUUCUUUAACGAAGAAAACGACUUUCUAAGUUAAUAACUAUUAAUUGAGUGACCAGAUCAACCCGAGGAAUGAAAGAAUAAGUUGUGCACCAGACUUGCUCUUUGUUAGAAAAUGCCAAUUUUUGGGUGCCAGAAAUUUGACUUUUGGCAAUUUGAAUCUUUCUGUGCAAACCAUCAUAUUCUUUAGUGACUUUACUGUUGCAAAAAAUUAGUUUUUGUGUUUUUGACUUGCAGGAGGGGUUCUUUGAGGUUGUAGAAGAGUAUUUACCAUGAACAUUCAAGAAUUGUUUUUGCUGGCGUUAAUGCCUGUUCUGAAAACGCUGUUGAUUGCGGUUGUUGGCUUAUAUCUUGCCUUGGAUCAUGUGAGUAUUUUGACUGCAGAAGGACGGCACCAUCUGAACAAUCUUGUAUUCUACGUCUUCUUUCCAUCACUUUGUGCUAGUGGUCUCAUCAGUUCAAGUACAGAGACGGGAUUAUUUUCUUUGUGGUUCGUCCCCGUGAGUAUUCUUAUUACCUUUCUUGUUGGAUCAGCUCUCGGGUGGAUACUUGUCAAAAUCACUAGAACGCCUCAGCAUUUGCACGGCCUUGUUAUUGGCUGUUGCGCGGGAGGAAACAUGGGGAACUUGCCUGUCAUUAUAAUUCCAGCCAUCUGUGCCGAGAAAAACAAUCCGUUUGGAGAUUCAUCUACAUGCUCGAUAAAUGGAAUGGGCUAUGUAUCCCUCUCUAUGGGGAUAGGAGCUAUUGGCAUUUGGUCGUAUGUAUAUAAUAUCAUACGGGCAUAUGGAAAAAGGGACGACGGGGAUGUCUCAGCCUACUCCAAAUUAAGAGAAAAUAACCACAGUGAAACGUCAAAACGAGCCUUGGAUAGUACUACACAAACAUUGCUACCAAGUAGCAACUCGAAAGGUGAUGAAGUUUCAGCUGAGCUUAUUUACCAAGGAUCCAUGGACGAAACCAAGGUCUCGAUACCUACUAUCAUUGAGAAGAAGGUGAAGUCGUUGGUGGAAUAUAUCGACCUGAGUGUUCUUUUCAGACCACCUACAGUUGCAACGGUUAUUGGCAUUAUCAUUGCUUCAAUCUCUCCCAUCCAAAAUUUCAUGGUUGGCUCUGGUGCUCCACUUCGUUUCGUUGAGAGUUCUGUUGUUUUGCUAGGGGAGGCAGCAAUUCCAUCCAUGACCAUUAUAAUGGGCGCGAAUCUUCUAAAAGGUUUCAAGCGAUCAGGAGUGGGAAUUUGGCUUCUUUUCGGGAUCAUUGUUGUUCGAUUCGUUAUCUUGCCUAUCAUCGGUGUUGCUGUUAUUACAGUUGCAAAAAAUCUAGGCAUGGUGGGAACAGAUCCUUUAUAUCACUUUGUUCUUCUGCUUCAAUAUGCAGUUCCACCUGCAAUGGCUAUAGGUACUAUCACACAGUUGUUUGAAAUUGGUGAAACUGAAUGUUCUGUUAUCAUGUUCUGGAAUUAUGCCGUGGCAGCAGUUGCUCUGACCUUUUGGUCGACAUACUUCAUGUAUAUCUUGUCCUGAUCAAGAGGGGAGCCUUGACACAACGUUAAGUGUUGGUGUCGUGUUACCAGGAGGUCAUAUAGAUUUAAGUUGCGGAAACAAUUUGUUACUUAAAUGCAAAGGUUAUAUUGUGUACAACGGAUUAUAUGCCUUUUCUAAGCUCGAGUAUAGCGAAGGCUUAGUGCAUUGAAUUGUCAUUCUUUUGGUUGAUUUGUGAAAAUAUAUAUAUAUUCAUGGACAAAAUAUAAAUAUU